AUGUCUCAGGAAAAAACCCUCCUGAACCCUGAGUGUUCCCCUCGACGAACUUACCCUCCCUUUGUUUUCUUCCCUCCUGGUUGGAAGCAGCGCCCCCUCCUGGGCGCCGGGAAGCGUAACUCCCUGUUGAGCGGUCGUCCCAUCUGGAUGGAGAAGAUGGUCCUGGGUCGGGUCAAAGUCCCUCACACCUUCUCCGUCCAUACCUACACUCGACCCACCAUCUGCCAGUUCUGCAAACGUCUGCUGAAGGGCCUCUUCCGCCAGGGCAUGCAGUGCAAAGAUUGUAAAUUUAACUGCCAUAAGAGAUGUGCGGCCAAAAUACCUCGCGACUGCCUCGGUGAGGUCGACUUUAAUGGAGAACCAGCCAGUCCCAGUCUGGACUCCGAGGCGACGAUGGAGGUGGACAACUGUGACGCCAACAGCGACAGCGGCCACAGCAUGGACGAGCAGGACGACAAGCUCUUCUUCAUCGAGGGUCCCGGCGCCGACGACGAGACGCUCAGAGCCAUCAGCCCGUGCACCAGCAGCAACAUCCCUCUGAUGCGAGUGGUUCAGUCCAUCAAACACACCAAGAGGAAAAGCUCCACGAUGGUUAAAGAGGGCUGGAUGGUCCACUACACCAGCAGCGACAACAUGAGGAAGAGGCAUUACUGGAGGCUGGACAGCAAGAGUCUGACUCUGUUUCAGAAUGAAAGUGGAGCCAAGUAUUACAAGGAGAUCCCCCUGUCCGAGAUCCUCCAGGUGGAGCCGGCGCAGGACUUCGGCAGCCUUCCCCAGGGCAGCAACCCGCACUGCUUCGAGGUGAUCACGACCAACAUGGUGUACUACGUCGGGGAGGACAAUGGCAGCCUGCACCACAACCCCGCCCUGGCGUUGACCGGCGUGGGGCGGGACGUGGGCAAGAGCUGGGAGAAGGCCGUCCGACAGGCGCUGAUGCCCGUCACGCCCAAGGCCAGCGUCGGGACGGGGCCCGGCCAGGGGAAGGACCACAAGGAAGUCUCCAUCAGCAUAUCAGUGUCCAACUCCCAGAUACAAGAAAACGUGGACAUCAGUUCAGUGUAUCAGAUCUUUGCUGACGAGGUCCUCGGCUCCGGACAGUUUGGGAUCGUCUACGGAGGUAAACACAGAAAGACCGGCAGAGACGUGGCGAUCAAAAUCAUCGACAAAAUGAGGUUUCCCACCAAGCAGGAGAGCCAGCUGAGGAACGAGGUCGCCAUUCUCCAGAACCUGCACCACCCGGGGAUCGUCAACCUGGAGUGCAUGUUCGAGACGCCCGAGCAGGUGUUCGUGGUCAUGGAGAAGCUCCACGGCGACAUGUUGGAGACGAUUUUGUCCAGCGAGAAGAGCCGACUGCCCGAACGCCUCACCAAGUUCCUGGUCACGCAGAUCCUGGUGGCCCUCAGACAUCUCCACUUCAAGAACAUCGUCCACUGUGACCUGAAGCCUGAGAACGUUCUCCUGGCCUCGGCAGAACCCUUCCCUCAGGUGAAGCUCUGCGACUUCGGCUUCGCCCGCAUCAUCGGGGAGAAGUCGUUCCGCCGCUCCGUGGUCGGCACGCCGGCCUACCUGGCGCCCGAGGUGCUCCGCAGCAAAGGCUACAACCGAUCUCUGGACAUGUGGUCGGUCGGCGUCAUCGUCUACGUCAGCCUGAGCGGGACGUUUCCCUUCAACGAGGACGAGGACAUCAACGACCAGAUCCAGAACGCCGCCUUCAUGUACCCGUCCAACCCCUGGAAGGAGAUCUCGGAGCACGCCACAGACCUGAUUAACAACCUGCUGCAGGUGAAGAUGAGGAAGCGCUACAGCGUGGACAAGUCGCUGAGCCACCCCUGGCUGCAGGACUAUCAGACCUGGGUGGACCUCAGGGAGUUCGAGACGCGGCGCGGCGAGCGCUACAUCACCCACGAGAGCGACGACGCCCGCUGGGAGGAGCACGCCGACGAGAGAGGCCUGCACUGCCCCAAACACUUCAUCAUGUCGCCCAACCUGGACGACAUGGACGAGGACCCUUAG